AUGGAUCACCGCAGCGACAACCGCAUGCGUUAUUGUCAAAAAUCCCAAUUAGCGACCCUACAGUCAGCGGCCUCGAUUUCACGCGCGCCCUCACUCGAGGAGACUGUGCAGGCCGUUCCUCACCCACACGCGCAGAAUUCAAGCGCCCUCCCCAAGCUUGCGUGCAAACUCGACCGCCUUCCCGACCAUGAUCGUCGCAAGCGCUCCGGCUCAUGCGCUGGUCAGGGCGAGCAGCCGUUUGGCCAGGUGAACGCGACACAUCACUGCCACCGCUACGAGCGUGCGGUUGACGCUCGUGAUAUCGAUCCGCCCUUUAUGCUAUCAGACCUCAUCCCCGGCGUUAUCCCACGACAAUUGGUCGACGAGUACAGUCACGUCAGGUUGACUCGUCCGCCGACUGAGAAGACAUCAACGGCGAGCGUUCUGAUAGGCUGGGAAACUUUCAUCUUCAAGCAGAUCUUCGAAGUCUUGGUGCCGGGUACGGAAGAGCCAGGCGUGUGCCCACCUGUUAUCGAGCCGUCUAUCUCGGAGGGUACAGCGCUGUGGUGCUCGAACGUCACUAAGCUCGUGACAGUCCCCCGCAGCCUCACGCUCGUUGGCGUCAAUGCGCUCGAUUUUGCAUGGAAGGAGCUUGGCAUGACACCGGCAGCAUACUCACAAAAGACACUUGUAUUCGCGUAUUUCGCGCAGUGUCGUUGCGAUCCUGUGAACACGCCCCACUAUUUCACGGCACUAUGUCAGAUUGCCCAGGCGCUUGGCGAUAUCGGCGCGGCCGCCCUGGAGCUGCAGCAAAUCAUCAUCAAAGAGACUUGUCAUCGUUAUGCACCUGAAAAGAUCACAGACGCGAUCGAGGUGCUCGGUCUCAGCAGGGAACGUGGACCUGAUACGGACGUCGAUGACCAGGGCAUCCUCGAGGCGUGGUGGAGUGCAUGGUGCCGCUUAGAUGAUGCACUCCGAAUACUUGCCGACAGGUGUGGAAGCAUGCUGCUGUGGAACGCAUGGGUUGAAAAGAGCAUGACUCUGUAA